AAGGCAAACGAGUCCGGGCUGGGGACUGGAGCCCGUGCUACCGGAAGGCCAGGUGCCCUCCUCCAGCUGGCACCAUGCAGCUCUCUCUCGCCCCGUGUCUCGCCUGCCUGCUGCUGCACGUGGCCUUCCACCCGGUGGAGCCCCAGGGGUGGCAGGCCUUUAAGAACGAUGCCACGGAGAUCAUCCCAGAGCUGAGCGAGUUCCCCGAGCCCCCGCCAGAGCCGGAGAACAACAAGACCAUGAACCGGGCGGAGAACGGUGGGAGGCCUCCCCACCACCCCUUUGAGACCAAAGACGCGUCGGAAUACAGCUGCCGCGAGCUGCACUUCACCCGCUACGUGACCGACGGGCCCUGCCGCAGCGCCAAGCCGAUCACCGAGCUGGUGUGCUCCGGCCAGUGCGGCCCCGCGCACCUGCUGCCCAACGCUAUCGGCCGGGGCAAGUGGUGGCGCCCGAACGGGCCCGACUUCCGCUGCAUCCCUGACCGUUACCGCGCGCAGCGGGUGCAGCUGCUGUGUCCCGGCGGCGCGGCGCCGCGCGCGCGCAAGGUGCGCCUGGUGGCCUCGUGCAAGUGCAAGCGCCUCACCCGCUACCACAACCAGUCGGAGCUCAAGGACUUCGGGGCCGAAGCCGCGAGGCCGCAGAAGGGCCGAAAGCCGCGGCCCCGUGCCCGGGGCGCCAAAGCCAACCAGGCCGAGCUGGAGAACGCCUACUAGGGCCACCUGCCCACCGCGCCUCCCCAGCGGGCGCCCCUCAACCGGGCGCCCCAGGUUCCUGCCCUCUGCGCGCGGUUUGUUUGUAUUUCAUUUUAAAUGCCUGCAACCUAGGGCAGGGGGCUCCGACCUGCCUGGCUUCGCAGGAGGUAGCCAGGUCCUGCGGAUCCCGGGCGCCGGCAAAGCCCCACAGUCCCCACCCGCCGCCGAGGGUUCCCGCAGGGCGGGGGAGGGAGCAGAGUCACAGACACUGAGCCACGCAGCCCCGCCCACGGGGGCGCCUCCUUUCGCAGGUCCCACUUCAGAGCAGCGAGAAAAAGAAGCAUUUUACCGCCUCGGGGGUCUGAGGGAGCUGUGGGGAGUGAGAAGUCUUGGGGACUGGUUAUGAAAGUUGGGUGACAUCCCCGUCCCCCUCUCUGUCCAUCAUAAAUCACAGAGUCACAGUGCCAUGCUGUGUGCCCAGAGCACAGGACUUGGGUCUGUAGAUAGGGUUCCUAGUCCCAGCUCUUCCACUAACUCGUUGAGUGACCUUGGACUAUACACACGCUUCUCUUUCUGGACCUUGACUUUCUAUUUGUAAAAUGCGGGUGGGGGCGGAGUUAGAAUCGGAAGGAAUCUCCUGUCCUGUGAUGCUGGGGCUUGGGUGCCUGUUGGAAGGGCGGGGAGAGAGCCGUGGGAUUGAAUCACUGCCAGGGUCGUGUCCAGGGUUCGGACUCGAGCACCUCUGAUCUGACAGCCAAAGGGGAAUGAAAACCACGCAGGGGCAAAGAAGAGUCCAUCUGUGGCUGACACACGCCUGAGAGGGGCGGAGGUGUUUCCCAGCCUGGGCUCCUCAGGUGUUCGGCUACCUCCGCCCCUCCCUCUCAGAGGAUGCAGACACACCAUCAGCUGGGGUGGAUAAGGAGAAGGUCCCAAGGGUGGUGGGAGGGACAGAAACCAUGCCCCCCGCCAUUCCCCAAAAGCAGCACCCUCCUCCCCCUAUGGCCGUCUGUGAAAGCCACCUUUCGCAGAAAGUCUCAAGGUCCCAGGACACUGGGGUUGCAGGCACCAGGGAGCAGCCACCCCCCCACUCCAAAGCCAGCAGAUUCCUCCAGGGUCCCCUCCUCCUGCCCACGCCUCCCAGGCACACUUCUGUGUCGAAAAUUGCUUUUUGAUGCUGUUACACGUGAUGGCGUACCUUACAUUCAAAUAAUAUCACUGGGGAGCAAUUAUAACGUGCUGUACAUACGCUGAGAAGCCGCAAAGCCUGAGAGCUGCCAUCCAAAAACCUUUUUGAAAAUCAUUUCCGGUCACCUCUCCCUUUCUGUGUAGUUUCUAAUUGUUAAAAAAGAUUUAAAAGAGGAAAACAACAACAACAAAAAAAGAAGCGCGCGCAUCAUGUGAAAGCCUGCUGGGCUGGUCGAUUUUUGCAAUCUUUCAUGUGGAAUUCGUCCCACGGGAAAGAUGGAAAGUUGUGGUUUUUUAAAAAAGAGUUAAGUUACAUAUUUAUUUUCUCACUUAAGUUAUUUAUGCCAAAGUUUUUCUUGUAGAGAAUGACAACAGUAAUAUUGCUUUAUGAAGUACCAGUCUGUUCUUUCAGAAUCCAGAGGCAUUGUUAAUAAAGACAGUGAGUCGUUA